CGACUCUUAGAGCUAGUUCAGACAUGGCGGAUUCCGCGCGGAUGCAAAUCGCGCGGUUCUAAACGCAAGUGUUCAGACAGGCGCGGAUGUACAUGCGGAGUGCCGUUAUUCGCAUAGGGUGACAGUCCAAUCAUGGAAGUCGAAGAAGCAAUAUGUGUGUACUUGUUGCUCCGUAAAAAAGAAAGAAAGAAGAAACGGCAGUAUUGGGUGCAUCCAAUAUUACGCGAUCGGUUUACUCAUGGUCAGUUUCAGACUUUAUAUCCAAAAUUAAGAAGUUUUGAACCAAAAUUCUUCAAUUAUUUGAGAAUGUCGAUAAAUUCAUUUGAUGAAUUAUUAGAAAUGAUGAGUAAACAAAUUGAAUCUAAUGAUACCCAUAUGAGGUCAAGCGUGUCCCCAGAAGAAAAACUCGUGAUCACAUUAAGAUAUCUGGGUACUGGUUGUUCCUUUGGAGAACUACAUUACAACUUUCGUCUUGGCAAAUCUACAAUCACAGGAAUUGUCCGUGAAGUAUGUGAAACUCUGUGGGAAAAAGUCACAAAAAACGUCAUGCCUGAACCCAGCGAAGAUAUAUGGAAGAAAAUAGCUAAAGAUUUUGAAAAAUAUGCAAAUUUUCCCAAUUGCAUAGGCGCCAUAGAUGGCAAGCAUAUAAGGAUUACAAAACCCAAAGAUUCGGGUUCUUUGUAUUAUAAUUACAAAACUUUUUUUUCCAUAGUACUGUUGGCACUUUGUGAUAGUAACUAUUGUUUUACUUUCAUAGAUAUCGGAUCUUACGGAAAAAGUAGUGAUUCUGCAAUUUUUAAAAAUUCAGCAUUUUAUAAAAGGUUAAUAGAAAAGUCAUUACACAUACCAAAACCUAAACCAAUAUCUGAAACAGAUCCUAAACCAUUGCCAUACGUCAUAGUUGGCGAUGAAGCGUUUGGUUUAUCCGAAAAUGUAAUGCGACCCUAUGCAGGUAAAGGGCUAUCAUAUGAAAAAAAAAUAUUUAAUUACAGGUUAUCAAGAGCUCGACGUUUUAUUGAAUGCACUUUCGGAAUUCUGGCAAACAAGUGGCGCAUUUUUCAUAGGCCUAUAAACGUGAAUAUAGACUUUGCCGAAGACAUAAUAAAGGCCUGUUGCGUGCUACACAAUUUUGUUAGAACUAGAGAUGGUAUACAGUAUGAAGAUACUUUACAUACUGCGCCAAUGAGUAAUCUUAUUACAUUACAUGCAGGAAGGGGUACACCAUCAUCAUUAAACAUUAGAGACAAAUAUGCUAAUUACUUUGUGAAUGAGGGUCGUGUAGAAUGGCAAGACACGAAAAUAUGAAAUUAAAAUUGUUACAGUUCGCGCCAAAUAACUAAACUCAAGAUGGCGCGUCGCGUUGGUGGGUUGUACAUAUUACAGUUAAUAGCUAUACGUUACUGUGGUAACGUGAUAGUUUUCCCGCGCUCGUUACGUACCGCCAAACAACGUUAUACACAUUUCAGUUAUUUGGGGUGGACUGUCUAUUACAAAACAUGUAAACUACCCUGGUAAAAUGUAUAAUUAAAUGUCUACUGACCAAAAAGAA